CCUGGAGAAUCCCAGGGAUGGGGGAGCCUGGUGGGCUGCUGUCUAUAGGGUCGCACAGAGUCAGACACGACUGAAGCGACUUAGCAGCAGCAGCAUAGGACACCCAGCUGGUGUUCUGAGAAUUGCUUGGAUCCCCUCAUGCCCUGCUACAUUGGAAUUUGUACUAGAACCUUUUACUGUUGAAGCAUAUUCAAUAUUUCUUAAUGAGAUAUUGUAGAUAGGCUCUGAAUAAAAAGUUACUACACCAUUAUAAUACAAGUUCAGGAUCAAAGGUCAACUUGUAGUUCUAUUUCUGUGCUGAAAUAAGUUUAGCCAGUCAGACACAGAUAAACAAUUGUGCAGUUGAUUUGCCUGGCUAUUGAUUAUACUUAAUAAUUAGUUGGAGAAGAUUGUUAGUGAUCUAUACAUUGCCUCAUCCUAUUUGGGUCCUUUUUUUAAAAUCAGAAAUUUUAAUAUAUGUUUUAAAGUCUUAUAAACAUAAUAAAAGAGCUUUUUGAAUUCUGACAUGACUUAAUUUGCUUGUUUUCUUCUGAUAGAUAAAUUGAAACUAUAUUUGCCUUAAUGUUUUCUUUAGACAUAACUAUCACAGCUUGUAUCUGAAAAACUCAGCUGAGGUUAUUGACUGCAAAGCUUUAUUACUCCAAUAGUUGUUUGCUUUAAUGUCCCAGAGCUGCGUUUAACUAUUUUAGUUUGACAUUCCUACAAACUUGAAGUAAAUCUCUAAUGUCCUAAUGGAUUUAGAUUAUCAAUAUUGUUCAGUCUGAGAGCAUGGUACCUUAUUUGAAAAAUACUUUUCUUACAUUUAUAUAUGGCAAGGAUAUAUCUAUAAGGAGUUUUAUCUCCCUGUAAAAAGUUGAUUCCUAUCGGUGGUAGGCAGAAUAAUGCCCCACCCCACCCCCAGCAAAUGUCCAUGCUCAUCCCUGAAAACUAUGAACACUUCACUUUACAUGGUACAAGGGAUUUUGCAGAUGUACAGGGAUUUGUGAUGGAGUGAUUAAGCUUAAUUAAAUAGGUGGCAUCAAUCUAAACAGUUACUUGAAACCAGAGAACCUUUCUUGACUGGAUCAGAGAAAGGUGUGGUGGAAGAAAGAGAGAUUCAAAGCAUGAGAGUCAAUUAGCCAUUGCUAGCUAUAUGGUCAGGCCACUAAGGAUAGCCAUUCUUUUGCUCUUGUACAUCUCCUGCCUGACCAGUGCCUGCUUCAUCUAUAUUUUACCCACCUGGCUGACCUUCCUACAUACUUACUCCAGGUCCCAGCUGGUGAUUGUUCUUACCAAAGGGGCAGUGAGGUACAGCCCUCUGCUGGUUUCCCUGGUAACUAAAGAACCCACCUGACAUCACUUCCCUAAUAACCUGCAAUCUCCAUCCUCCUCCUGAGAGCAGACUGUCGCCAUGUCCUGCUAGUGUCUGCUGCACAUUUUUGGGCCUUUCUCCAGGACCUUGCUUCAGAUGGACUGGAAAAAAGGAAAGGAGUAAUACCCUCAAUAUGGCAAUAGAAAACAUGUGUAAGAAGACAAGAGACCUUCGCAGACAGCUCCGUAAGGCUAUCAUAGAUCAUGUGUCAGACUCCUUUUUGGAUACAACAGUCCCACUUCUGGUUCUCAUUGAAGCUGCCAAGAAUGGCCGGGAAAAGGAAAUAAAAGAAUAUGCUGCAAUAUUCCGUGAACACACCAGCAGGCUUGUAGAGGUGGCAAAUCUUGCCUGUUCCAUGUCAACAAAUGAAGAUGGGAUUAAGAUUGUCAGAGUUGCUGCCAAUCACCUGGAAACUUUGUGUCCACAGAUUAUUAAUGCUGCACUUGCUUUGGCUGCAAGACCCAAAAGUCAAGUGGUCAAAAAAACCAUGGAAAUGUACAAGCGCACGUGGGAGAAUCAUAUCCAUGUCCUCACUGAAGCUGUAGAUGACAUUACAAGCAUUGAUGACUUCCUGGCUGUAUCUGAGAGCCAUAUCUUAGAAGAUGUCAACAAAUGUAUCAUAGCCCUGAGAGACCAAGAUGCUGAUAAUCUAGACCGAGCUGCAGGUGCUAUCCGAGGACGGGCAGCAAGAGUUGCUCACAUCGUCACAGGUGAAAUGGACAGUUACGAGCCAGGGGCUUACACAGAAGGUGUGAUGAGAAACGUGAACUUUCUGACAAGCACUGCAAUUCCUGAAUUUGUAACACAAGUCAAUGUUGCCUUGGAAGCCUUAAGUAAAAACUCUUUGGAUGUGUUUGAUGAUAGUCAAUUCGUGGACAUCUCAAAGAAGAUCUAUGAUACAAUUCAUGAUAUCAGAUGUUCAGUCAUGAUGAUUAGGACUCCAGAAGAACUAGAGGAUGUUUCUGACCUGGAAGAGGAUCAUGAGGUUCGCAGUCACACCAGCGUUCAGACUGAAGGGAAAACUGACCGGGCUAAGAUGACUCAGUUGCCUGAGGCAGAAAAGGAAAAGAUCGCUGAGCAAGUUGCUGACUUCAAGAAAGUGAAGAGCAAGUUGGAUGCUGAAAUUGAGAUAUGGGACGAUACGAGCAAUGAUAUCAUUGUUCUGGCCAAGAAGAUGUGUAUGAUCAUGAUGGAGAUGACAGACUUCACAAGGGGCAAAGGACCACUGAAGCAUACAACUGAUGUGAUCUAUGCAGCUAAAAUGAUAUCAGAAUCAGGAUCAAGGAUGGAUGCCCUUGCUCGGCAGAUUGCCAACCAGUGCCCGGAUCCAUCAUGCAAACAGGACUUGUUGGCCUACCUGGAACAGAUUAAGUUCUACUCUCAUCAGCUGAAGAUCUGCAGUCAAGUUAAAGCUGAGAUUCAGAACCUGGGGGGAGAGCUUAUCAUGUCAGCGUUGGACAGUGUCACCUCCCUGAUCCAAGCAGCCAAAAAUUUAAUGAAUGCUGUAGUGCAAACAGUGAAAAUGUCUUACAUUGCCUCAACCAAGAUCAUCCGAAUUCAGAGUCCCACUGGGCCCCGGCACCCAGUUGUGAUGUGGAGAAUGAAGGCUCCUGCAAAAAAGCCCUUGAUUAAAAGAGAGAAACCAGAGGAAACUUAUGCAGCUGUCAGACGAGGCUCAGCAAAGAAAAAAAUCCACCCAGUGCAAGUCAUGAGUGAAUUCAGAGGAAGACAAGUCUACUGAAACCACUGUUCUACUCUAGUGUGUAUAUUACAAAGUCCUGGCUAAACACACUCCUUUAUUUUUACACUUGAUUAGUUCUGUAAGUUCACUAACUUAGAAUUUAACCCACAAAUGAUGUAAAGCAUUGAAACCCUAACCCACAUGAGCAACAUAUAUUUGGGAUCUUGUCAUUGUCAUUUCUGUAUGGCCAACAUAUGCUUAUUGAAUGAAUGAAAUCUCCAGGUGUCAUUCAGCCUUUACCAUCACAGAGUAUCUUAUAUUCAUUUCUCAAGUGAGUCCUGUUCAUCUGUAAUAGGUUAAAUAUACUCACCCUUUUCGAUUAAAUUCACCCUUUGAAUUAAAACAUUGACAUGAGCUCUUGACUUGGUUUUCAAUGCAAACAAAAGAUUUCAUAAAAAUACUUUCAAUUUAAUCUCCACAUACAUCAUUUAUCUCAUCUAACCUGGCAGACGUGUGAUUCCUUCAACAGGGGGAAAAAAAAUCAAUCUUUAGAUAUUUGAAACUACUGUCAACUGAUUGGGCUAAUAUCCAUCAGAAACUAACCAGGUAUGAGCAGUCAAGCUACUUCUGGAUUUUCAAUGUCUGUCUUGAUUAUUUAUGAAACAAUUAACAUUAUAAAAGUUAUGAGUUUUCAUGUCACAAAUGUGUGUGUUUCAGAGUUCCAUUGUGUUCAACAGUCGUGCACAUUGGGUUUUGGGUUUAAGAAGGUUCACCAGAAUACAUAUUAAUAUAUGGAGGAAGAGUUAUCCUCCAUUGGGGAUAUGGGCAUCUAACUCUAUCCCCAAGUGAGUUAUGAUACAAGAAGUGCAAAGAGUUCUGCAUGACUCUAAAAUUUUAUUUGUAUCAGCUUGCAAGUAUAAUUAACAGGAAAAGACCAAUUUGAGAAAUCUUUUGGCAUUGAGUAAAAUAUAACUCAAAAAAUAUGAGCAAAUCGUACCAUUGAACUAUGAAGUAGAGUUAAAGGUAAUGAAGCUGGAGUGAUUUUGAUAACAUUUUUUAAAAUAAAAGUCAUUCAGGUCACUUUUAACUACCAUCAUUGCUCAUUCCUAGUUGAGUUCAUAAUGGAUGUUAUAACAGUUUCAGAGACUAGUGCAAUGCUUCUCUCUCUCUAGUCCUAUCUCUGGAGGAGUCAACUUUCAGUUUUAGUUUUUUUCAUGCAUAGAGUUCCCAUUCAUAGGAUUUCAAACAUGCAUUUCCUAUUCUACUCUAUCAAAAUUAUACCAAAAUUAUGACUUCACUUUGUAAUAAAUCGUCAUUGAUGACUUUUUUGAACAACCAUGUCAUCAUAGUUUGACAAGGUAAAGUUUAAACAUACAACUUCAGUUGAUGAUAGGAGGACUAGUUUGGGUAAAAGAAUGUGUGAAACAUAAGGGCGCAUAAAAGUUGAGAGCAUGAUGUGUAUGCUAUUGAACAAAUGUUAUGGGGAACACAUUUAAUCAGUCAUUAUAAAUUAUGAGAAAAAUGAAAACUUUUCCUUGUAAUGUAUUAUAUUUUUCCUCCACAAUGCUCGGUUUCCUGGGCUAAGUAAGUAAACUUUCUAAGAGCAAAAGCUAUAAACUUCUCCCUGUGGGCCAGUAUGCACAGUAUGCAUAGUUAAAACUGAGUAUGCACUGGCCUACAAUAAUUAUUCUGAACAUAGUCUACUCCCUAAAUGAAAAAGCAGUGCAUAAAGGAAUCAGAGAGUCCAAAUAAUUGUUUUCCAAAACUAGCUAGCCUAAUUGAGGCAAAACAGGGGAUUUCUUUGUUGAAAUGUUCCCAUCAUUUUCUGUUCUAAGAGGAUGUUAUAAGAGUUACAUCUAUCACACUCUCUCAGGUAGAAGUGAGAAAAUAAUUUAUUUAAAAAUUAUCAAACUAGUAUAUCUUAGCCUCUAAGCCACACACUCAAGAAUAAUGAGUCUCAUUUAGAAAAUCUAGUAUCAGUCUGCUUCUACACCAGUCUUCCACAGAUUUGAGUUUAGGAUGCAGCAUUGGAUGCCAAAACAACAUAAACAACUUGAAAUUAUAUGAUUAUCAAAUAAUCUCUGUAUCUAUCUUUAAAAAAUGACACUUUACCCAAAUGAGAUGUGAAAAAGUCCCCCUCUUCAAAACAGAUGGUUUCCAGCUUAGCUUAAAGCAAACAACUAUAAUUAAGGAAAA